AAACGCAGCUUAAACCCUGCUGCAAUUCUCUUUGCAACUCAGCAGAGUAGAAAGCGAAAAUGGGGGAAAACGAUUUGUGGGACGAUUCAGCCCUUGUUAAUGCGUUCAACGAUGCCGUAUCCAAGUACAAGGGAAUGAUUUAUGGUGUUUUUUGCUGCCAAUGUAUCUGAGAUGACGGGGAAGAAAAGAACAGAAGCGAUGUGGAUUCCGUUAUAUUGUGUUUUAGGAGGAGCACUAGAGAAUUGUGUGGUGCUGGAAUGAGGGAAAGGAGGGCUAAAGAGAGAAAAAGUUGCUGCUUUCUGUUAGGGGAGGGAAGAAAGCAUAUCCUACAAUGUAUGUACCAGAGAGCAAUAUAAAGUUCUUUUGAAGUAAUUUUUAGAUUAUGCAUAGUUUAGAAGCUAAAGUUAGCAGCAAAGAGGAGAAUGUGACAGCUCCUGAUGACGGAAGCAAUGAGCUGAAAAGCAAAGGGGAGGGAGGUGAUAACAGCAAACUUGCACCAGAUACCACUACAGAAAUGGGGGAUGCAAGCAGCCUUCCACCAGUAAAAGAAAAUUCCUCUUUUGAGGCAGUUCCUCCUCAAAACCACACUGGUCAACUGAAUGAGCAAAACACCCAGUAUAAGGCCAUAGAGAAGUGCAGUUCACAGAGUUUAGAAGAUUACAACCAGUUACUCUACAAAUAUUACGAACUUGAGGAUCAAAGGCAAAAGAUUUUGCAGCAACUUAACCAGUUUGGCAUUUGGGGUGAUCAAAAUUCUGGUUCUGCUUCUCAAGAACAUCAAGCUUAUGCAUCACAUAAUUUAAAUCCAACAGAGUCUUCUUUCUACUGCCCAUAUGGAUGCCAAAGUUGGGUAUCUCCUUGCACUGCAUCACCUUGUUGUUUGGGUGUAAAUGAGGAUGACAAACCAUGCGAUGCGUCUAUACGAUGUGUUCAAGAAAAAAAAUCAUCUCCUCAAAACCCUAGUUUGGUUGAUACAGCAAAAGAAGCUGCAGAAAAAGCACUCUCCUCUUUAAAGCAAGCUUCUAACACGGCUUCACUGAAUUCAUUUGCAAAGGAAGGAAAACAAAUAGAGAUGAUGAACCCUGUUGCUGCAGAGAAAACUGGCGGCUUGGAGACGGAUCUAUCGGAAGUGCUAAAUGCAUGGUAUUCUGCGGGCCUUUACACUGGAAAGUAUCUUUCAGAGCAAUCCAAGAAGAGAGAUGGUUAGCGUCGUACUGAUUCAGUUGGAACUUAAAUGUGGUGUUGUCGAUACGACAAGAGGAAAAAUUCAUUGUACUAAUGUUUGUGCACUAGAAUUCAAAGCUGUGAUGUAAAACUAGAUGUUGUACAGCAUUUCUGGUAGGUUGAUUUUUCCAAAUAUUGACAAUACAGUUGUUUUUUCCCCUUUUUUGGGGGUGGGGUGGGGGUUCAAGUGUUGAGCUUCAGUUUUUUUCUUUCACCCUCACUGUAGGCGUUUGCACAUUAAUUUGAUGAUGUGUGAAAAAUGAGAGUAGUAUUUGAAGUUAAAUUGAAUAGUGCAUUAGAAAAUUGAA